GCAAUGCUCUGUCUGUAGGGAAAAAGAGCCUGCAAGAAGAGCCCUGUGGCUUCAGGCUAUUAGGUGUUGGAGAGUGGGAAGUGUGGGGACCCGGUGUCCAAGUAAGCAACACGUAGCCAUGUGUGUGGAAAACAUUUCAUCACAGCCGAGGUGACUCACUUGGCCUGGAAGGCGUUGUUGGUGCCACGGUGGUCUAGGUCAUGGCAGAGACAACCCACCAUCAACGCCAGGGUCUCUGCAUCCGACAGAACAUCCUGGAAGCCAGCCGUCUGCGGACACAGAGGUCCUGCUGAGAGCACAGACACAGAGAUGAAGCCUGUCUGCUGCUCAGCCUAGACAGUGGAUAGGGUGUCACUAACCCAGAUCCUGUUGCGGACGCUAGCCUACUGCUGUUGACAACGCCAUCGUCACUAUGACCAGCCUAGGGAUCCAGCAACGUCCCACUGACCACAGACAGAUCGGGAGGAGUCCUUUACUCCUGUCUCACAAACAGAGGUCCUCCUCCUCCCUGCCCCUCCUGAAACGCCUGCACCAGGCUGGGGGGCCGUAUGCUGUCGCUGAGCCCCAGACAGACCCGCCGUUGCAGGGUGACUACUUCUCCCUCCUCCAGCGACUGAAAGAGGAGACUUACAUGUACAAACAGAACAAGGAUCUGAAACAGGUACAGAGCAGGAUGCCAUGGUCUAAGCAACAGCCUCACUCUCCACCUCUGGCCAGUCCUCUUCCCAGAGGCCCUAGCAGCAGAGUCCCACCACUUCCUGGAGUUCCCAGUAGCAGCAGCAGGGUUUUAGCGUCGGGUAAAACCCAGCGUGGACUGAGCCAGCACUCCAGCCACAGGAUGGCGUCCUCCUCCCAGAAGACUAAACACACCCCUGCCAUCAUCAAGGGCCAUCGCCACUUAAGCUACGGAGGAUCCGUCCCACCUGAGAACAUCACCAUUCAACAGUUUUAUGACCUUACACCUACCAAGAAAAGUAACGUCCGCCUCAACGACCAGCUUAUACCAAAACCAACGGACAUCAACAUCGCAGAGAUAAUGAUAAAGGUUCCAGUUCCAAAAGAACAUCCGUAUCAGGCCCACAUCUCCCGCUUCGCCCUGUUCCCAACGUUCCGCUCACCAGACGACCCCGACACAGGCGUGAGAGCUGCGUCCCUACGACCCCUGAACCCCCUCAUCCCGUCCUCUGCUCCAGAGAUCACCGUGCUGAGAAAGACAAAAGGAGGUCCUUAUCGUCAUGAGGUACUGGAGGCACCCAUGACAACCAGGAAGAAAACCAUCUCAUGGCCAGGACAACAUGGCUUCCUGGAUCACCCCAAGCCAGUUAAGGGCGAGGCCCAGACCCAGGUAUUCUACCCCAAGUCCCAGAAGACAGUGUUUCCCAACCCCACAUUGCGUGACUGGGACGUCACGCUGUCUGAACGAACAGCCAACAUGCUCCGCAACGUGGAGAAGUCCCACUGGGUCACCUCCUACCAGUUUCACUACACAGGCACUGGGUCUACUAAUCCCUGGAGGUUGGAUGACUACCAUGAGAACACCGUUGACAUGAUCACUGGGAAGAUGACUCCCUACACAACAGAGCUGAGGGAGCGAUCCCACCCCGUCCUGCUGCCCCCUAAACCACGAGACGGGCGCAAGGCCAGAAUACGCCAGGGCCGUCAUAUGGUGGAGAGCACCUACCACCCUCCUGUCACUGCCCCAGCAGCAGAGUCCCACAGCACAGACCAGACUUCCACACAGAAUCACCCUGCUGGGCCUCUGGGAACUAUGUCUGGUCACCAAAGUCAUCGGGAGAUAAAGGGGAACCCUUCUACUCAGGACGGCCAUCCCAACAACCGCCACGGCCACUCAGAGCUCAGUCUAGCCAGGCCUGGGGCUGGAGAUGUGUCUGGGCUGGAACCUGCUCAGGUGUCUGGCUAUGUGUUCCCUGGUCACCACCUUCAAGAUCAAGGCUCCGGGUGUGAGAGGUGUGGGGAGGAGAGGUGUGGGGAGGAGAGGUGUGGGGAGGAGAGGUGUGGGGAGGAGAGGUGUGGGGAGGAGAGGUGUGAGUGCCAGGUCAAGGAGGUCAGAGAAGGGCUCCAUCACCCAGGGCCAGGGGCAUCAGACCCCCAGCAGAGCAGCCAGGCUCCCAGAGCCUCUCUGGAGAAGGUCACAGACACAGAGAGCUCUCUGGCCUUGUACAGCCGCCAGCUGCCCCAUUCUCCCCUGAAUGAGACCACAGAGGUCACCAAAGAGAAUAACACCCAGAGAGAGGUAUGGUACGAGGACGUUCCUCGCAGCAAGAAGCAGAGCUACACAGCAUCAGGGGGUAACCUGUUCAGCCUGAGCCAGCCAGCUCCAGCAUUGGCUACUAACAACACAGGGGCGGCAUAUGAAUCUGAGACGGAGCUGUCUGCUGCUGAUCUGGUCUCUCCCAACAUCCGUAACUGGCGUUCUGGCGGGAAUUUAGUUCUGGGUUCUGAGAUGACUGUCAAUCAGACCCUUGAAGAACAGGAUCGGGAGUGGCAGAACAGAGAGAUCCCCAUCCCACGCAGUAUCUCCAACCCCUGUAUCCAACCCCGUCCACAUGCCCUGCCUUCCACCCACCCAGGGGAGAGGGGCCGGUGCCAGCUGGCCCUGUUGGAGCUCCAGGACUCCUUCAGUAAGUCGGAGGCCCACCAUCUCUUCCACAGCUCCCUCCAGGGGGGCGCGGUCAACCUGCAGGACAAUGUACACACCGGGAGAAAGCACCGCUUCUACGGAUUCAACUCCUUCUAUUUCCACAACUGA